GGAGGGGAUUGAGCAGCUGUUCCUACUAUUUGGCAGAAACAUGUAAAUAGUAGAAACAUAACCUGUGAAUAAAUGCCAUCAAAACUCGUUUAAAAGUGGACUUUAUCCAUUAAUUACGUUAUUUCCUCGGUAAUACCAUUACGUGGCGGUCGUGGAAGGAGAGUCCAAGUGAAGUUGUUGAUGAUCUGUCCCCGUUUAUUUUGGAAAUAGUGUAAAAUGAGUAAAUUGUCUGUAGCAAGUGGUUCGAAGGGAAAUCAGCCCCCCAGUAGCGCCAAAGCCCAUCUACAGCAUGGGUAUUUGGUUGUGUAUAAUGCGGUUCAAACGAUAGGCUGGAGCCUGAUUUUCUAUCAACUAAUCUCAUUUUACUUGGGCAACGGCAAUAAAACCCUGUACGAUACAGUGAGAUGCGCUCUCAACGUUUUCCAGAACGCAGCUAUUCUGGAGGUAAUUCAUGCAGCUACAGGAAUGAUCCGAUCCAGCGCUGUUAUGACUGCAUUUCAAGUAGCUUCACGAGUGGCAGUGGUGUGCGGCGUCUUGCUAGCAACAAACAGCGCCAGAACUGGACUUGGCCUCCCUUUAGCCCUGAUUGCUUGGUCAGUGACCGAGAUUAUUCGCUACUCGAAUUACACGUUUAACUUGGUCAGCACUGUGCCUUAUUUCCUUAAGUACUUGAGGUACACCACUUUUAUCGUGCUGUAUCCAAUCGGGGUAACCGGGGAAUUGCUUUGCAUUUGGGCGGCUCAGAAGGAAGUGGGAGAUGGCCGAUUAUACACGAUUGAUAUGCCCAACAAGUACAACUUCAUCUUCAACUAUCAGCUUCUGCUAUGGUUCAUGAUGCUGCUGUACAUUCCAUUGUUCCCGCAACUGUACAUGUACAUGUUCGGACAGAGGAGAAAGGCUUUGAGCCCGCCGAAGGAGAAAUCCACAUAAGACAAGGUUACUGCAAGUGAACGCUCCGGACUUCGAAUAGAAUGUUGACAAUG